UCCACUUCACGUAAGAAUCUGCAAGCUGAUGUUUACUUGUUCUCUGACCAACUUUUAGCAGUUCGGAAUUCGUCCCUCCAACACGAAACAAAAGACGCGAGACAUGUUUCUCGCGAAAAGUGAGUAAUUCGAUCAAGCUCCAAGUUCACGGAGAACUUUGCCCUAAGCUGCUUGUGCUCCCGGAAUUACGAGCAGGAAAUGUUAAUUAAAGGGUGAUUGAAGGUGAGGGAGUAAGAGAGAAACAAGAAGAAGAAAAAGGACUCGGUGAAUAAGCAAGGUAUGACGGUACGAAGGUCACGGCGGCAGUGACAAGGAAGAAGAAAAGGGAAAAUUAUAUAUUGAAUUUAAGGAGAACGUGACAUCAAAACAAAGACAUAAUAUGAUACUGAAACAAGGAAGGAACGAAGAACGAUACAAGAAAUACGGCUAAAGACUUAAAAAAAAAAAAACUGCAAAUAGAGCACGAAAAAUACAAAAUAAAAAUUUGGAGUUAAAAAUCUGAUAAAAGAACGUAACAUUAAAACAAGGAAAUAUUAUAAUAAAAAAAGGGAGGAAGAACUAUACAAGAAAUAAGGCCGAGGACAAAAAAAAUAGUAAACAAAUCACGAAAAAUACGAAAUAAAUGAAAAUAGAUUACGAAAAAUAUAAAAUAAAAAUUUGGAGUUAAAAAUUUAAUAAAAAAACGUAACAUUAAAACAAAGACGUAAUAUAAUGAAAUAGAGAGGAAGAACUAUACAAGAAAUAAGGCUAAGGACAAAAAAAUGGUAAAUAAAUCACGAAAAAUACGAAAUAAAUAAAUCAGAGAGAGAAGAGAGCGAAAAACUUUGAGUGUAGGCGAGUGGUUGAAUUGUGAUCCCGUUCCACACGUGCGUUGUUGUUAAGCAACGCCACAGUGGGGAUGCCCUCCAGAAACCGCCGCCUUCUCUUCGGAAUGACCCCGUGAAUAGCACAUUCCCUCGGGGAGUUUUUCUGCUCCUGUGACACCGAAUGAAAGCUGAUGAAUACGUCGAAAAUGACUCGGCCGUAACCAUCACUUCUGAGAGAAAGGGAGAGAGAGAGAGGGAUAAUGGCGACGUAGGAAAGGGAACUGGAGUUCUUUCUCAGUUUUUCUGUCUCAUCCUUUCUUUCUCUCUCCUGAGGGCUGGAAAUGCUCUACUACAUAAUAUGCUUCUUCCCAAAAGCUUUGAAUUUGAGAGGAGAGUUCGGCUGAAGGAAAUCUAAGAAUGACGUAGUUUUGUGUGUAAAGACAGAGAUAUUGAUGACAGAGUUAUCUAAAAGAAAAAAAAAAAUAGGCAGGUUGUAUAUGAUUCGCCAAGUACCUGAAGGGGUGGGACAUUCUACAUCCUGGAAGUGGACACAAUGAAAAAUUAUAAAAAUUGUUUAUAUAACAAUUUUUUAUCGCUCGUUUUGUGUAUAAAGACAUAAUCAUGACAGAUUUGUCUCUUGAAAAGAGGCUGGUUAUAUGAUUCGCCAAGUGGAACAUUGUGCAACAUUCUGGAAGUGGACACUAUGAAGACAGAAUGGAAAAUGAAUCAAAAUUGUUUAUAUAAGUUAUUUCCCUUUUCUUACACCAACUAGAACGACGAAAAUGAUGAAGACAAAAGCAAUUCUGUACUGAAAUACAUAUCUUUAUGCAGUGACUCCAAACGUAUGAGAAUAAAUAUGACAAUUCCUUGUUGUUAAAGAGUAAUUGGCCAACCCAGAUCCCCAAGAGACUAGAAUAAGUCAGAUAGUCUUAUCAAGAAGAACUUGAUAAUAAUAUAUCACCUUCUUUUCAUACAUUUCAUACAUCACAGGGCGAAAGGGGAAACAUGAGGCUUUCGAAUACCAACUAUCAACAUCUUCAGUGCCAUAGUACCAUUGUGACCCAUUAACGCUCGCACCAGAUCACCGUCGCCUGUUACAAGCAUUGGGAAUCCUCCAUGCAACAGGAGUAACUUACUAUGACCAGCGCAUCCAAAGAAAAGACGAAAACGGAAGCUCAUUAAAACCUGUCCACCAUAAUAGCAUCUUGAUCGGCAAAGGCGAAAUCACUCACUUGGGAUGGACGGAGCAUAUGGAAAAGGCUCCAGCUCCUGGAAGCGCGUCUGAGUGAUCAUGAAGAACCACCAUGAGACGCCACUCGUCCAUCCAGUUGCUCCUUCUGUCUCUGACUGGAUGUUCCUGGAUGCUGCUGUUCCUCACGCUGACUCUCUCCGACUACCAUGCAUUCAAAGCCUACCACGCCUCGCACGUGGCGGCCGCCCACACGACGUACACCGCCCCUCAGAAGGAGAUCGACCCGUGUGACCUCUGCUGGGGCGUCGGGAGGAACGGCGCGAAGAAGGACGUCCUCCAUGGGAGCGAGGAAGAAGAGGGAGACGAAGAAGGGCAGCAGCAUCCCGCCCUUUCGACGUGGGGCGCCCGUUUAGCCAAGGUCGUGGGCAUAGCCCCUCAGGAGAAGCGUAAUGCCACGCCCACGCCCAAGCCCCUGCAAGGCCAGGCUGGGGGAGUGGGCGCUUUCUAUUACUACACACUUCAUACGAUGUUCACGUCGCUACAGCUUCGCCUGAAGAAGGCACAGCUGGUAGCUGGAGAUGUCAGAGCCGAAGUAGCGAGUCUGGAAGAGAAGGUAGCCAACCUCCACGACAUCCUGGUCAACCAGUUCUCCCCGAGAAUGAACCCGUACCAACCUAAUUCGUCUUUCGCCAAGACUCCCGCAACCACGACGCGCUCUUCAAGGUCACGGAUAGGGGUCAAAGGUACCUCUGACCCUCCUGACCCCUCGGAGAAGGUCAGUCAACGAAAGAGUGGCGAUCAGCGCAGCAGCAGUGGCGUCAUUGCAAACGGAAGCGACGCUAAACCAGUCGAGUUACCGAAGACCGUUCGACGUCGCAAACCGGAGAAUGAUAUUUACGCUCUCAUUCAUAAACAGACGUUGGGUACACGUCUGCAGACGUCCCUCAGGGGCGUCGGUGACGAAGACGGCGAAAAGGCUAAAGUUCAGGAUGAAGAACGUUCGUUCAAAGAGUCUAGACACCUUUUAUCACAAGACGCUAGUGCUAAGAAGGUCAGCGCGAAUAGCAAACGGGCUUUCAAUGAAAGCGACUUCAUAUCGAAGGGGAGAUACAAAGUGCGGCUCGGAGGAAACAUCUUCGACACGAGGGAAAAGGAGGAGAAGGAAUGCAAGGACAAGGGAAAGCCGCCGUCGGACGCUUCCGCGAGAAUAACCAACAACAAUUUCCUGAGCAUCACCAAGGAGGACAUCAUCUCCUCGGUAUCCAUCCUGAUUAUGGAUCUGGGGACGUCCCAGGGAACCCCUCCCCCUCCUCCGACGGCUUCGGUGAAGGGGAACUUGAAGGAAACACUCGCUAAGCUCUACCCGGGUAUCGCCGUCCACUUCGUCACUUCCUCCUCUUCUUCUGUGUCCCUCCAUUUCCCGCGAAAUCUCAGGACUACGGUGCAUCAUGUCCCCUCAAACGCCACCUUAGGGUCCGGCUAUUCCGUAGCUCUGGACUACAUCACGACGCCUUAUGUCUUCGUGGCCACGAACGUCUCCGCCCUCUCGUCCCCCAGCACCAUAGAGCACCUCAUUUGGGCGACGGAGUACCUGGGCGUCUGGGCCGCGGGCGCCAGCCUCCUGCCGAAGUCGGGCCAGUGGCACAUGGGGUGUUUGCAAGCCCACGAGUCCAACUACCAGAUAACCUGGACGCGGAAGAGACUGGGCACCGCCCGCGGUUACCUCCUGUGCCACGCCCUGGAAGGACCCUUCGUGGCCGUGACUUCCGCCUUGCGCCACCUGGGCUGGAACGCCGAGCUUCCAGACGCCGUGUCACACCUGGAUCUGUUCUUGAGGGCGUCGCGGUAUUAUCACAUGCUUGCGGCCUCGUGCCCUCAGGAAGUCUUCCGCGUCGCCCACGAGUUGGUGGCGCCCUCCAGAGCUUCCCUGCUGAGUUUCGCGCGACUCCACGGGUUCUAUUCCAUCCAAGUGCCUCCUGGAAGCGCGAGGUUCCUGUUCUCUUGCGAGGAAGUGGCCGUCAACUGCGGAGUGGCCGGGUUUGCCCUGCCGCCCUGCUGCAGGAGGGAGCUGGCCCGUCUGGUGCGAUUCCUCAUGGACACGUGCGACGCCCACGGGCUCUUGUGCGAGCUGCAGGAAGGGACUUUGAUGGGAGCGGUAAAGACGGGCGGGGUCAUGCCCUGGGAGAAGGACGCUGACAUCACCUUCCACACGAAUAACUUCACGGCCUUGGCCGAACUGAAGGAUGUCUUUGAGAGAGCAGGAUAUUCUCUCCACCUGGUCGAUAACAGAUGGUGCUGUGUUGACGGGAAGUGGGCAGGAGGCCAGGGCUCCUUGAACACGCCCCACUGGGCACUGGAGCUCUAUAGCCAACACACCAUGGACUCCGAGGAAGAUCUACUGGCCAGGAGGCCUCGGACUAGGAUCGAGUUUGACGGAUCUUGGGUGGCAGCCCCAACAAGUCCCGGGCUUUACGUCCGAAACCGCUACGGAAACGAAAUGUACCGCCAUGCUCAACACUGGCUAGAUACAGGGAAGAAGUCGGGAUGGGAAGACUACGAAGCAGGCAGGUUUCUUCCCUGUUCCAAGCCUUCCCAUCACGCCUGUCUGGACGAGAAUCUUCCCGAUGGGAACCUGGAAUUCAGGCCCCUGUGCUUAGUUUAGAUUGGGUCGGUGGGGACUUGGAAUGCUGGAAUUCAGUCUCCCGUGUUUUAUUUAGAGUGAGUCGAUGGGGAACAUGGAAUGCUGGAAUUCAGGCCCCCUGUGUU